AUGACACACAGAAGAACCAGUAGUUCUGGUUCGACGCGACCAGAAAUUGAUCCCAAACAACGAAGCAAUAGUACAUUCAGUUAUGCAUUAGGUAACGACUCGACGUCCUCCUUUUUACAGCAAAAUACAGUGUCCAAUGUGGAAUUUAACAAUGUCCGUAACAGCCAGGAUCUACCACAAGACACUGCUUCCCACUCCUCCUUGCAGCGCUCAGUAUCCUCAUCAACGACAGCUUCACGUAUAGGAACUAUGGAGAAUAAGAUAUCACGUUUUUUCAACAAGACAGCCGAAAAGAUGCGCAGGUCGCCAUCGGAGACACAUCUCAGUGCAUUGACACCCAAUCCCUCCACCUCAACAGCAGCAUCCUCUCCGUCGGUUGACAAAGGAUCGGGAAUAGGUAAUGGGUUUUCUGCAAAGCUGAAACGACCUGACAAUUUAUCCAUUCAAACAACAAUCCUUCCUACCAAGGAGCUGAAAUCACCGCUAGCCAGGACUUCAAAAGAAGUCGAGCGAAUCGCGAGUUUGAGUACACUGACAGAACAGCCACCUAAGCACAAACAUUACCAUGGAAUAUUGCGUUCUCGAAAGGACCCCACCAAGUCAUCAUCGAGCUCCAAUUCCAAAGCAUCAGCAUUUCACGGUGGAGAGACAAUGUAUUCUUUCCACCCAUCCCUUGUCAACUCUUCAAUGACCGUACAAGAAUUACAAAACACGAUCACAGAGCUUGAGAAAUUAAGUGUGAACAAUUCCGCCUUGUCGGGCGAUACAGACGCUAUUGCAGAUGAAGCAUGGUCAUUGGUGUCUUCUCUUGUACUACCUUUGUUUUAUUGUGAGAGACUCAAGACACCAAUAGAAGAAAUGAACAAGCUUGUGUUCUUGCACUUAAGGCUCCGCUCAAAUCAACCACAACAUGAUCAGAUGACUUAUUCGCCAGUUGCAUCACCUAACAAUUUCUCAAGUGUCUUUGAUGGUGCAGCAGCUACUACCCCAUAUACCCCUUUGGGAGCCCCAACUCCCACUUUCACAUCAACUGGAAGGUCUCCAAGCUCUUACAAUACAAUGUCCCCAGUUCACGGUCCAAGUGUCUUGCAGGAAGUUCAAGAAUUUCUUAAGCAUGGAAUGAACACAUACUUGACUCAAUUGUAUCAAGACGAAGCCAGUAAGGAGUUUGCAUUAAAACCGCGUGAAAGAAAGGUGUCUCCAACCAAACGGUCUGCUCUCUUGAUUGUGACAAGCGAGCAAAGUUUCCGUGAUGCCUGUGCAUUACUUUGGGAUUAUUUUUUCCAAGAUAUGUACUAUUAUCUCCAAGGUGUCUUCUUACCCCUUGAAGACGAAUCCUUCGAAAGUUUACUUAGUGGUCCAGGCGGAUGGAGAAGGAAUUCAAAUGUGCAGCAUAUUCUUUUGACCAGCUUCAGAGACAACGUUGUUAUACCACUUUACGAAAAUGUUCGUCAAGCUGAAGCAGACAAAGAACGCAGAAGAGAACGUACGAUGUCGCUUGCUACCAACUCCUCGGUUUCUUUGCAAAGAUUAUCCCAUGAAAAUCUGAAGGCUGACAACCCUUCGGAAGGCUAUAGAAACAAUAAGAAACUUUUGCAUUGUUUGUCAAUUUUAGUUCGAGCAGAUACCAAUGACACCAAUCAGAAGAUCGUGGAGAAUUUGGUUCAGCAGGUGCGUGAAAGAUGUGCCCAACAGAGCAUGUCCUCAAAAACGUUAGUGGUAUGA